CGGGAAGGCUGCACUUCUUCAGUGUGCCCUGGAUUCCUGGUCCACACCACACCUGGGUCCAGCCUGCAGCCCUGGGGAUCAGUUCAGACCUGGUCACCUGAACCAUGAGGAUCUGGUGGCUCCUGCUUGUCACUGGAGUCUGCACGGGGAGUGUAAGCUCACAGGACACGUGCAGGCAAGGACACCCUGGCAUCCCUGGGAGUCCCGGUCACAACGGACUGCCUGGACGAGAUGGACGAGAUGGAGCCAAGGGUGACAAAGGGGAUGCAGGAGAACCAGGACAGCCUGGCAGCCCGGGAAAGGAAGGAAGGAGCGGAGAGAAAGGAGACCGAGGAGCAGAUGGAAAAGUCGAAGCAAAAGGGAUCAAAGGCGACCAAGGCUCCCGGGGGCCUCCAGGGAAGCAUGGGCCAAAGGGAUCUGUGGGCCCCAUGGGAGAGCCAGGCCUCCAAGGAGAGACCGGCCUACAAGGGCAGAAGGGGGACAAAGGCGAUGUGGGUCCCAGGGGGCCAGAAGGCCUGACCGGCGACCCCGGACCUUUGGGUCCAAAUGGCUUACCUGGCCCUGUAGGCCCCAUAGGCAAGCCUGGCCCCAGAGGAGAAGCCGGCCCUGUGGGGCCGCAGGGGGAGCCGGGAGUCCGAGGAAUAAGGGGCUGGAAGGGGGAGCGAGGAGAAAAAGGGAAAAUUGGUGAGACUCCAGUCCUGCCCCGAAGUGCUUUCACCGUGGGACUCACCGUGCUGAGCAAGUUCCCAGCUUCCGAUGUGCCCAUCAAGUUCGACAGGAUCCUCUACAACGAGCUCAACCAUUACAACGUAGCCACGGGGAAAUUCACCUGCCACGUCGCUGGCGUCUACUACUUCACCUACCACAUCACUGUCUUCUCCCGCAACGUUCAGGUAUCCCUGGUCAAAAACGGGGUGAAAGUACUGCACACCAAGGAUGGCUACAUGAGCUCCGAGGACCAGGCCUCCGGCGGCAUCGUCCUGGAGCUGAAGCUGGGGGACGAGGUGUGGAUGCAGGUGACCGGAGGAGAGCGCUUCAAUGGCUUGUUUGCCGACGAGGAUGAUGACACAACCUUCACCGGCUUCCUUUUGUUCAGCUCGUAAGAUGGAGAAGACUUUGUAUGUCUGCUUCGCCGGCGGCCGAAUCCCCCGGGGGAGGACGCUCUGAGAUGGUUUGACUCCAUUAAUCCUAAAAAAGGGGAAACAGGAAAACUAAAAUUGAAUCUAAAACUGAAAAUCCUGGGGCUGGCCCUGUGGCACAGAGGGUUAAACCCCCUCCUGCAGCGCUGGCAUCCCAUAUGAGUGCUGGUUCGAGUCCCAGCUACUCCACUUCCACUCUAGGUCUCUGUUAAUGCACCUGGGAAAGCAGAGGAAGAUGGCCCAGGUAUUUGGGCUCCUGCUACUCACGUGGGAGACCUGGGUGGAGCUCCAACUCCUGGCUUUGGCCUUGCCUAGCACCAACCCUCAAGGGUUGGUGAGCCAGUGGAUGGAAGAUGUCUCUGU